AUGAUGAUCUUCUUUUUCUCGUUAAUCCUUCACACUUUGUUUCCCGACCUACCCUUUUCACCUUAUCCACGUACCACCUUGCUACCAUCUAAACCACCCUCCCCAACCCAACUCCAAGCCAGUCACCAGUGAUUUGUGGGCUCGAUCACUUUUGCCAAGGAAGAGGAAGCUCCGAUUUACGUGUUGGAUCUUCAAGCCAUUGAAGCCAGCUAGGAAAGUGUCUGCUUAGAGAUUCCCAUCUCGCUUCCACAUUUGUAGGCGUUCGAAGGAGCGAUCUUUCUGAGGAAACAUAUGAUAAAGCUGUUAAAGUGAAAGGGGAUUUCCAAUUGGGCCAAGCUAAGUGAUGGUGAAGCAAAGUAAGCAACAAGGAGUCUACAACAGCAGGAAAAGCUAUAAGAUGCAAAGCUGCAAUAUGUAGAAACGCUGGGGAGCCGCUUAUUAUAGAAGAGAUUGAAGUUGACCCUCCAAAAGCUUGGGAGGUUCGCAUCAAGAUCCUAUGCACCUCCCUUUGUCAUAGUGAUAUAACCUUCUGGAAAAUGAAGCCAGGCCCUCUUUCAGACUUUCCAAGAAUUUUCGGGCAUGAGGCCACUGGCGUUGUUGAGAGUGUUGGAGACCAUGUGGAAGAAGUAAAAGAAGGAGAAUUGGUGUUGCCUGUGUUUGCUCCAGACUGUGGAGAGUGCAGGGACUGCAGGUCAACCAAGAGCAACAUUUGCUCCAAAUUUAGUGUAAGUUCUGGUCAGUUCGGCAUGCCUAGGGAUGGAACAAGCAGAUUCAGAGACAUGAAAGGGGAGGUCUUGCACCAUUUCUUGAGUGUGUCAAGCUUUACUGAGUAUACUGUGGUGGAUGUUGCCCAUAUGGUGAAGCUCAGCCAUGGCAUCCCAGUUGACAAGGCCUCCUUGCUAAGCUGUGGAAUUUCAACAGGGAUAGGAGCUUCGUGGAAGUUGGCAGGAGUGGAGGAGGGAUCCACCGUGGCUAUAUUCGGAUUGGGGGCAGUGGGACUUGCGGUCGCAGAAGGAGCUAGGCUACGUGGUGCUUCCAAGAUUAUUGGAGUGGAUUUGAAUCCUGAAAAGUUUGAGUUAGGAAUAAAAUUUGGGCUAACUGAUUUCGUCAACCCUUCAACCUGUGGGGAAAAGUCUGUAAGCCAAGUCAUUAAGGAAAUGACAGAGGGAGGUGCUGAUUAUUGCUUCGAGUGCGUUGGAUUGGCCUCAUUAAUGACAGAGGCCUUCAGAAGCAGCCGAGAGGGAUGGGGCAAAACAGUGAUACUUGGAGUGGAAAUGCAUGGCUCGCCAUUAAGCCUGAACCCCUAUGAGCUUCUCAGAGGCAAAAGCGUCGCUGGCGCCCUAAUUGGAGGGCUAAAGCCCAAAUCUGAUAUUCCACUUCUGGCCGAGAAAUAUAUAGACAAAGAGCUUAAUUUGGAGCAGUUCAUAACACAUGAAGUGAGCUUCAAGGACAUCAAUAAAGCCUUUGAAUUGCUUCUUGGAGGGAAGAGCCUGAGAUGCGUAAUAUGGAUGGACAAAUAGCUGAAUUACAUUUCCUUCUUAUAUAUAAAGAUGAUGAUACAUGUUCCUGUUUAAAGACAUGUCUCCCUUAAAUAAAAAUUAUAAUAGAGAACAUCAAUAAUUAAAUAAUUAUCUGUAAGAAUUGUCUUACUGCAUAUGAUGGCACUCGUGGAUUAUGGCC